AAUCUUUCCUGCAUCUAUCUACCUAGCCUAGGUCCCGUUCCCGUUCUCAUUUGCCCUCUCUUUCGGUUUCAUUUCUUUUUUUUUUUCCUUUUUUUCUUUUUUCUUUUGUUUCUUUUGGACACCAUAACCCCCCCCUUCCCUUCCCUUCCCCUCCCCUCCCCUCUUCAUCAUCCUGACCCUGAUCCCCGAGCCUGUUUCAUAGCUGCUCCUGUGCUGCUUCUUUGUAUGCUCCUGUGUGUUCCUGGUGUUCCUGGUGUUCUCCGCCCUGCAUCCUCCUCCUCUCCAUCCUCCCAUCCAUGAAAUAGCCACUGCCAUUGCCGCCAAAGUCUGUUUGUCGCAGCUCUACUUUUGCCGUGCGGCCGUCAUAUCCAUGGAUACAUUCCCACGUCCACUUCAGAACCUUUUCUUUUUUCUUUUUUUUUGUGUGUGUUCGUUCUCUUGCUGGGUGAACUCCAAUCACUAUUCUUAUCACCACUCUUAUUAAACACCACACACCACACUACACUACAACACGCACCACACCACCAUCACCAUCCAUUCCAUCAUCGUUUCCGCCACUAAUACUCACACCCGCCAAUCUUAACCUUAACUAACCUCCACUCUACCCAACAGUCCCCCCCCCCCCCCAAAAUUGCUGUGGAUGUAUCACUACGCCAAGCGUUUUUCGCCAGGUUGCGCCUGAUUUUUCACAAUGUCCUCGUCGCAGUCGGCCGCUGCGACUCCGGACAGGAACCGUUCCCCCUCCACCAAGGCCUCCGACCAGUUGUCUACCGAAAAUGCUUCUUCGCGAAACGGGAUCGUUGACUCGACAGCUCCCAAAUCUAACCCGGUCGUAAAUGGUCUGCAGUCCCAGCCAAUGACGGCCACUACAUCUUCUGCGUCCUCUCCAACCUCAGACACGGUACCCCAGAACAUCACCACUCCCUCAGCGACUGGCGCCGUUCCCUAUGGUACUCGUUCUAGAAAUCGAGUUGGUGGCGCUCGACCGAACUAUGCGGAGGAUCGCGACAUUGAUGCUGAUUACGAACUUGUUGCUUCAAUGUCGCGGUCUGGCGGUUCCAAGAGAGCCUCCAACGCAAACCACGGCGCCACUUCCCCAAGCACAGACAAUGACAAGGCGACCGGGGAUAAGCACGCGAAGACAGGCGACUACGAAUAAUAGCUCGAGUUCUGCUCCGCAAACGAAAGAACCUAUCCCCGGAACGUCGUCAUUUUCUGCCAAUCUCAGUAGCAAUAGUUCCACAGCGUCAAAGAAACGAAAACAGCCGGGCUCGCACCAAUCUACUCCUGCUUCCUCCACGCCAAACACCAUCUCCCUCUCAUCCACCAAGAAAUUCAUCGCGCCCGCAAACAUAUCGCCCGAAUACCAGAAAGCGCAUGGGCAGAACAUGUUGACCUUCAAUAAUUGUAAGGCAUAUUUACAUCAGGGAAAGCUGAAAGCAGACGAUGGCACUAUUCUUAGUCUAAAUGACCAUGUGUAUCUGGUCUGCGAGCCUCCCGGCGAACCCUACUACCUUGCUCGCAUUAUGGAAUUCCUGCCGUCCAAAGAUAACCCUGACGGACCCAUCGAGAGCAUAAGGGUCAAUUGGUACUAUCGCCCUCGCGACAUCCAUCGCAACGUUUCCGAUCCGCGCGUCGUCUUUGCUUCAAUGCACUCCGAUACAUGUCCAUUGUCAUCACUUCGCGGUAAAUGCCAUAUCAAACACCAGUCAGAAAUCACAAAUAUGGAUGACUACAGAAAAUCCAAGGAUUGCUUUUGGUUUGAGAAGAUGUAUGAUCGCUACAUCCAGCGAUAUUAUGACGUUAUCCCAACGAGUAAGGUCAUAAAUGUACCACAACAUGUCAAGAAAGUUUUGGAUGAGCGGUGGAAGUACGUGUUGGUUGAGGUAGGCCGGAGAAAGGAUUUGACCAGUGCAGUUAAAACCUGCAAAAAGUGUAGUUUGUAUGCCGCAAAUACGGAUUCUGUGGAUUGUGCUGUUUGUCAUAGUACAUAUCACAUGUACUGUGUUCGGCCUGUGCUGCAAAAGAAACCAGCGCGCGGGUUCGCUUGGGCUUGCGCCGCAUGCAGUCGCGCCCAAGAACGAAAGCUGGAGGCAAGGAACACCCCCAUUAUUGGAGAAGUGUCGGCCGAGACUGAAGUAGAGCCCUGUGAGGAGGAAGAAGAAGAUCCCACCGCUCUAGCGGAAGCCACGCAACGAAGCACACCUGCUCUCCCGGAUGUAGUUCGACCUGCCACCAGUGAGCAGAUUGCCCAGGCAAAGCUAUGGCCUUUUAGGUAUUUGGGAAUACAUUGUCGAGUGGAAGACGCUUUGGACUAUGACGACAGGAUAUAUCCCCGAGCAAGCUCUCGAAUAGGGCCCCGCCACCAAGCGAACGUUAUCCCAUGGUAUGGCCACCCAGUUCAAUAUGUCAAAGCUCCCGAACCGAAAAAGAGGAACGUCAAGUCUGCCAAUAAGAAGGAUCUUAAGCUUUCCAGGGAAGCUGUUGCUGCGAUGGAAGCUGAGAAAGCUGAACGAGCUAAGCGACCGAAGUGGGUCCAAGAUGAACCUGUGGGCUAUAUUCCUCGCGGAGAAGACGCGCCAGUUACUGUGAACGGCAAACAGAUCCGCACCGCAGAGCUGCUUGUUAAGAUGCCUGACGCUUCGCAACUUCCCUCUCGCGGUGAAGAUGACGCUCCAGGGUCUUCCAUAAGUGAUGCAGAUCGCGAGAAAUUCAUCGACGAGUAUAUGGCCAAAGCCAAAGAGAUCGCCCCUUCUCUCAAAGUUGAGAGAUAUUCUACAAAUUUCCUGGACAAGGCACUCGAGCUUCUUUACGCAGAGAAUUUUAAUGUGCAAGCUGCACUGACAAGACUAAAACAAGUCAACAAGUAUGCAGAUCUCAAGGAGCCACAUCUCCGCCCAGAAGAGGUUAAGGCGUUUGAAAGCGGGGUAGCUUUAUACGGGUCCGAGCUCCGGAAUGUGACAAAACAUGUCGGGACUGUCCCACAUCGUCACAUUGUUCGAUAUUACUACAUGUGGAAAAAGACUCCGAAAGGUCGUCAAAUUUGGGGCAAUUUCGACGGGCGAAGGGGGAGGAAAGCAGCGAAACAAGCGGAUAGUGCGGUAAAACUGGUUGACGACGUCGCAGAUGAUUAUGACGAUUCGGCAUUUGAUAAUGACAAGGCAAAGGACAAAAAAAGGGGUUUUACAUGCAAAUUCUGUUCGACGAGGUCGUCAAGACAAUGGAGGCGGGCUCCUGGAACUCCUCCUGGUACUGCCGUUUCAACAGACCCGAAACGAGACAAAGCAGUUCAAAGUCUCACUGUUGCGAUUUGUCAACGAUGUGCUACUCUCUGGAGAAAGUAUGGUAUCCAGUGGGAAGAUGCUGACGAAGUUGUGAAGAAGAUUGGUCAAGGGGGAAACAAGUCAUGGCGCCGGCGCUAUGAGGAGGAGCUACUCAUUCAGCUUCUCACCUCGUCUGAGACUGAUGUCAAAAUCAAUAGCACUACUGCAACAAUAGCCACCUCGUUAGGAAUUUCCCUCACAGCCGAAGUGGUUGCACCACCCCCUCCGUCGGAACCACCAAAGAAGAAGGUCAAGUCAUCGGAUCAGAAUGGUUCCGCUCCUGGAACUAGUACCCCAGCCGAACCCGCUCCUGCUCCGAGAAAGAAGGUGGUUGAUAAGCCCGCUGAGCCCCCUCCAAUUGCCCCAGAGCCACCUAGGGUGAAAACUCUUCCAUGUGCAGUAUGCGACAAAAUGGAUCCCAUGGGCGAUCAGCAUCUGUCCUGUCGCGACUGCCGUUUGACUGUUCAUCGAGCCUGCUAUGGUGUAAGCCCUUCAUGGAACUCGUCAAAAUGGUUCUGCGAUAUGUGCUCGAAUGACAGGAACCCCGCGAUUUCAACGUCGUAUGAAUGCGUUUUAUGCCCAGUUACGUAUACUGAGCAUGAGUUGAUGGAGCCGCCCAAGGUUUCGCACAAGAAGAAAACAGACCGGGAGCGUGAAAAGGAGCGUCUGGAGAAAGAAAUGGUUGCCGAGGCUAGCAAGCUCUAUAAAAUACGGCAAAAGGAGGCUGGAAAACCAACGGGUCCGCGCGAGCCGCUCAAAAGAACUGCGGGUAACAAUUGGGUUCAUGUUACCUGUGCAGUCUGGGUGCCUGAAAUCAAAUUUGGAAAUGCAAAGGAGCUGGAACCUGCUGAAGGGUUUGGGCUGAUCCCUGCUGAAAGGUUCCAAGAUAAUUGCAAAAUCUGCAAGACGCGACACGGCGCCUGCGUUUCCUGCCAUAACACGACUUGCAAUGCACGGUUUCAUGUGGGAUGUGCUCGUCAAGCGGGUUACACUUUCGGUUUCGACAUUACCCCAGUCAAGAGCACCCGAAGGGAUACUGUCAACACGAUGAAAUUGGGCGACGAGGUGGGUGCGGCUACGCCUGCUAUUUGGUGUCCUCAGCAUCCGAUUUCCACUAUUGUCCAUGAAAUGAGCGAGCCUAGUGAGGUUGAGGGGUUGAAUGCGCUACAACUCUAUUGCCGGACUUCCAAGCAAGCCGACCUCACACUCACGGGUACUGUCCGGAAAGCUGCGCAUGUCCAACAAUCCGUUGGAGUGUCGAUUCAGAAUGGUUUCCACCCGCCUAACCGACGAGUUUCCGUCAAUGGAACUACCCCACACCACAACAGCAAGGAUAACAGCCAUGUCGCUUCAAGGCUGUCAACAGAACCCAUCCAUGGAAGCAGCUCCACUGGUCUGGUCAAUGGCGAUGCUGUAAACUCCGACCACAACAAAAAGUGUUUCAAUUGCAAUUCAACGUUCAGCCCGAAGUGGUGGACGGUCGAGUCGUCUUUGGAAUUCUCCGCGGCUAGGGGUGAAAAUCGCCUUAUGAUGAACGGUGUUGCCCCGAAGGAUGGUCCUGGUUCGGCGUAUUCCCACGCAACCCCAACCGCCAGCUCGCCUUUUCAAGCACCAUCUGGUCAUGUGGAAAAGUUGCCGCCCAUUCCUAUGAUCAAUGGGGAUGUCCUUAUGGUGGACGCAGACCGCCAAAUUCCAUCUACCCAAGACGCUCCACGAAGUUUCCCAAGACCUAGAGCACUACACGAAUGCCAUAAAUGCCACGUUAGGAAGCAAUCGAUAUCACCGGUGGAGUCAGAAGUUCGUCCUUCCCCAUACAGCGCUAAGCGGGAUCCGAGCCUACCUGCUGCCCGUAUUUCUGAGUUCCCUCACCACCAGUAUUCGCCAUCACCACACGCCCACCCGACACCGCACCCCCCAACUCUACCUAUGCCUCCAAUCGUACAGAUGCACAGCCACGGCACUCCAGAUUGGCGUCCGGAGUACGAACAACGGCCAGGAGAUUAUGGGCCACAGCUCAUGCGCAAUGGCAUGCCGCCCGGUGGUCCUCCACCCAGCGGCCUUCAACCACUUGGACCACGAAAUUUCCAUGCCGGCCCUCCCCCCCAACCUCCGCAACAUUUGAACGGCUACCACCCUUCGCUCCCACCCCACCACCAAGGUCAUCCGCACGCCCCUCCUCCGCAACAGCACUAUGGAAACGGCGUUCCACCUCCACCUCCGCAUUCAUACUCCGCUCACCAGAGUCCAUAUGGCCCGGUCCCCUUACCGCCACCAAAUGUGCAUGGCCCUCCACAACCCCACCAGCCAACUCCCCCGCCCCCUUCAAAUCGGCCGUACAACGCAGCCGCCCCUAACAACACCACCUCACCAGCCCCUCAUUUCUCUCCGCCACAUACAUUAAACACCCUCCCGCCAAAUUCUCGCAUGUUCUCAGUCGACCGGCCCAUUGCACCAGGCCAUCAGUCGCCCUCAUCGACGCGCCAUAGCCUUGACUCACCGCGCCCGGCCACCCCUGCAGCUGGAGAUGAAAACAUUUCACCAUCGGCCAAUGGAUCUGCGAGGCCUAGUAGUUCCGGACGUUUUCAUAACACGAAUGUACCAACGAGCGGAGCUGGAUCUGGGGCUAGCGCGAGCCCGUCGCUGAAGAACCUACUAUCAUAAUAAAUGUAAUCAGACUCCGUUCGUGUGGUCUCUGGUAUGGAAAAUGCUUUUGGGGUAAAAAU